AUGUCUCUACCAGUUGCCGCCGAUAAUUUACGUGCCUCCUCUGCCUCAAUCGAAGCCGCCGACCACGACGAGCGUCACGGAACAGCUGCGGAGUCUGACGUAGAAAUCGACUCGGACGACGACGAUCCCACCGCCAAUCGUGCACCCGUUGAGGAGUUUCUGGCCAAGCGUAUGGGCCCCGGCGGGCCCACGAAAGAGUCUGCGGUGAAGCGGGCGACGACGAAAGCAGUCCAAGCCGGUGCGGCUGGACUGGAGAAAGCGAAGGAGCUUUACGCGUCUCCCAAGUUUGUCAGCGCCAGACAGGGGCAGAAAAAGGAACGUUCUGAGGCGUACAUGGAGGAACGUCUUGAGGCGGACAUGGAGGGUCCGAUCCGCGAUUAUCUGGCCGGUGUUGUGUCUUCGUUCUCCGAGUCAAAGAAACCCGAGGUUGCCGUCACUGCCAGAAAGACUUUCACUUCCGCCGACAAGAGUCACGUCACUCGACCCGACAUCAGCCUGGGCAAGCCCGGUCUCAAAAUCAAUGAGCAAGAGUGGAAAUGGUUGAACAAGCUGGCCACUGUGCAGCUCAAAUUCCACGAUCGGAUUCACGAGGACGACGGGACGCUGGGGACGAGUGAUAGUGCCCUGCAUGCGCUCGUCCAGCUCGCCAAGGAUGCACGGCAUCUCAUGAUGUCCUCCGACCGGUGCUUCGUCUUCGUCGUCGCGAUCUCAUUCGACACGGCGACACUGUUCCGCUUCGACACCGAGGGGUUCUUUACAAGCAAGCCUUUCAAUUGGCUCGAGAACCCGAGAUAUCUGCCCGAGUUCCUGUACCGGAUCUACCACCCCAGCGCGGGCCAUCCCCAAGCGACACUGGGCGAGGAGGAUACGAUCACGUUCACCGACAAGGCGACGAAGAGGCGGAUCUGGGCGGCGCUGGAGACCGAGGGCGACCACGUCGCUGCAUUCAAGGACGAGGAAACGGCGUUCGGGCGCAGCUUGUGUUUGACUGCCGCCGUCUUCGAAGAGGUGGAUGGCGAACGGGUGCUGGUGUUCCGCGUCAUGAUCGACAAGGAUCUCGAAGCAUACGAGCAGAGCUUGGGUGGCGACGAUCCGCUGCCGUGUCCGCAGCUCUACGCGCUGAAGGACUCCUGGAGGCAGGGCUGCCGUCGUCCCGAGGUCGAUUAUUACGAUCUGAUCGAGCUUUUCCGCAAGUCGGAGAAGGGCCAGGCUUUCAUCAAGCAACACAAGCUCGACGAGUCUGCUAUGGCGCGGUGCAUUGGGAGCCUCGAUCUCUCCGAUACGGUCAAAGACUUUCGGUUCAAGGAUGGAACGGGACCUGACUGGGACACUGCUCGACACAAGACCACGUCGGAUGCUGGAGACGGGCUCCACCGUUAUCAUACCCGGACGCUCCUGACGCCGGUGGGGACCCGGCUGGACCGAUUCACGAGCACGUGGGCUCUGGUCACGGCUGUUUACCAUGCGGCAUGCCAUUUGUUCAUUGCGUUCGAGGCCGGGGUGCUGCAUCGAGACGUUAGCGAGGGGAACAUCAUGUUUGCGGAAAUGAUUGGUCUCAAGACGCCUCGAGGAUUCCUUGUUGACUGGGACUACGCAGAGUUCACGGAAAAGGGGCUCGAGGCUUUCAAGAAGAACUUUGGAUCGCGACUGCACAGUGAUCAGUAUGAUUCUGUGGACAAGAGUUUGAAGCACUUCACGGGCACCUGGCCGUUUCUUGCCAUCGAAGUGAUGGCACACAGCCUCGGAGGGCGUAAAAAUUUCAAGCACGAGUCGCAUCACGAUCUCGAAAGUCUUUUCUGGCUUCUGUACUGGAUGGGGGUUCGACACACCAAGCAUCAUCUGCCGGCUGGCGACAGGGCCUGCACGGAGCUAUUUGAUUCUCGGGCUCCUGAGACGAAGAUGGGCACGAUAGCAGGCACCGCGAAGUUCAGUCUGGACGAGAGAAAUGGCUUCCAUGCUAUUGUCAAUUUCAUACGCACGGAUGUACUCCAACAAUAUCCGCCCACCACUUCGGGAGCUGGACACAAGCACGUUUCGGUGAUGCUCCCCCGGUUGAUGGAACACGAAGUCACGCUUAACGACUUCCGAGUUGCUCUGGAUCGAUUGACCUACGACUGGUCUGUGAACGACGGCGCCCUGGUAUACAAUCCUUCCGCCCUGCAUACGAAUGAACCGAAGCAGAAACAGCCCAGUCUGUUUCAGGAAGUGGUCGUCGACAAUGCUUCUCAGCACCAGUCUAAAUUUGGGUCCAAGAAGAGCGGAUCCUGGUCUCGACGGACGAAGUCGUCUUUGAAGCGGCGACGAGCUGAAGACGAGGAUGAUGGGUCCAUCGGUCCUACAGACGCUGGGCCUUCUAGCUCGAAAAAGAGGAAAUCGUCGGUGGAACCAGAGGAGCCGGUACCGUUUUGAAAUCUACCGGCCAAGAAAACCAACUCCGCCUGGACGCGGGGCCGCUCAUCAAAGCCAGCGAGUCAGUCGUCUACUAGAACGCGCCGGAGCGCUCGACCGAAUGGUACAACCUCGAAGUAGUUUUUUUGAAAUUCACGCUGUAAUCCAUAUUUACAUUUAUCUUACAUUCCAAGCACUGCUAUGCACACUCUCCUUACACUUGAUAGUACCUGCU